UAUAUAGUAUUAUAUUGUGGUCCUAUUAUUUUUGUAUUCAUUUUUACUAUUUUAUAUUGAAUUUAUAUGAUUUUAGGCCUAUGUCUAUAAAGUAAUGUCAAGCCUCCAACUUGUGUCUGCUGCCCUAUAAAAUAUGUUGCAACUAUGACUCACACCUACCCCUCCUAUGUAAAUUGGUUUUCCUUGAAUGCCUGAAACAAAAGAGUGAAUGGAUGAGUUAAACACAAUGAUAGCAGGACCCCCUACUAAAUCACCUCAGCAUCAAAACCAAUACCUGGACCAAUGACCCAGCCCUUGGAACCACCCUCUGCAUUCAAGAAACAAAAGAUGAGGCAACCCACCAUUGUGCCAAGGUGGCACAGGCUCAGAAUGAACAUCUGGAACCUCUGGAGCAGGACUGACCUUGCCUGGACAUGCCCUCCUUAUAGGAGAUCAUAGGUAGUCUGCCCCAUAAAGAGGGGUAAGUGAAGACUGACUCCUUGGGGUGCCAUCUUCACCUGGAGCAGGUCCAUCCCAGGGGGCACGUGAGGGGCCGAGCUGGAAAGGGAUGUGACCCUGGCAGACGGAGGGGCCGGCCGUGGUGGAGCGCAGCGUGGCACGUUGCCGCGGCAGCGCUCAUAUCAUCGCGCCGGCGCCCGGGAGUUCCAGGCAGUUGCUGUCGGCAGUUGGAGCAGUGCUGACGGCCGCCCCAUGUCUGGGCAGGGACAGUGAUUGCCUGACAGCGGCUGGAGAAGGACAACAAAGCCAGUCCAGAGGAGGAUUUGUCCUAGAGAUCUCUCAGCUGAGGGUGAGCAGGUAAGGCUCGGAUAACUGGGCAAACCACCCUGAGGCUCACAUCCUUGUGGAGGUGGCAAGGAAGCGAGGGUCUCUUCUGAUUUCAGGCCCAGGUCCUGCAUUUCAGAAACAGGUAAAGACUAAUUCUGGAUCCACAGAAGACCUGCCUUAAGAGUAACGUUUCCUACCAGCUCCAUAUGUAGGAGGCACGAGCUGGGCACGGUCCAGAGGCAGAACUCUGAAUAGGACAGGAUAAGAAAUGUUUGUGUUUUAACCUUCUGUGUUUCAUAUCUCUGAUUCAGACUGUUUUUUUCUGAACUGUGAACCUGACGCCACCAAAUGGUUCCAGAUGCAGGGUCUCCUUCAGAGCCAGGAUGGAUAAGGCAUGGUGCACAGCCAGUGUGGACAGGAACGCUGGAUGUCAUUAGAGUAAAUGUAGCGUGAGAUAUAUUGAUAAUGCAGAGCAGGGGAAUAGAUCCUUUCCUGAGCAUUCACAAGGAUAAAGACCCCAUAGGUACAAGACAGGCAGAGAGCAGCAGAGAGGGUCCAAACGUCUACCUCAAAGGACCAAGAGUUCAAUUUGGUUUGGAGUGAAGGGCCAAUAUGGGCAAGUCAGGGAGUGACAAGUCUCCUGUGAGUGGGGAAACACCGAGGGAAAAGGGCAUGAGAAAGGAGAAGUACAAAUUCUUGGAGGGGAAGGGGCUCUCCAAGGGGCUAUGUCCAAACCACCCUAGUGAUUUGAUCCCAUAGUCCCUUUUCACCUAGUGGACCUCACGCCCACCGGCUACAGCUCCUAGGAGGCAGAGGAGGCCCCAGAGAAGAGCGUCAGGACCCCUCAGUGCCUGAGCCUCAAGGGGAUCACAGCACACCUGGAGGGUCUGUGAGCAUCUGCCCAGCAGCGCUCCAUCCCCCAGGGCAAGAUGGACAGGCUGAGGCAGAUGCUGAAGAACAGGACGCCCAGGGUGUCCCCAGGGGAGGAGGACAGCAGCAGGAGGCCUGGGCUGAAAGAGGAGGGCCACCCAAUUGGUGCAGUGAAAACAACCAAAACCAGGUGGUGGACAUGCCUGCUGUGCUGGAUAAGGAAACCCGCAGCUCCCAUAACAAAGACUGAGGAGGGAGAGGAGCCCUCUCGGAAAGCAGGGAGGUGGCCCCAGCUCCAUCUGGGCAGGCGGGACCCAGUACAGGAAGAGCACCAGGCAGGGCUGCCAUGCAGCUCCCCUCCCAGGGCACCCAGUCACCAGGAGCUGUGCCCUGAAACCAGGCCAGAGGAGGCGGCCCCCUGCAUUGCCAUGGAGGGGGACACAGCUUCCCUGGGGCAGGAGGUCAGCAAGCCCUGCCCGAGCCCCAGCCUCAGCUGCAGCUCCUCCCGGGGAGACCUUGACAGCACUGUGGAGUCCGGGAGCAACCCGCCCUAUGGCACCACCAUGAAAGUGAUUCCCUACCGGCCAGGCAAGGAGGUGGAGGAAGAGCAGGAGGGUGAAGACCUGAUGCUGCUGGAGGAAGAAGCCCUCAUAGAUAUCAUACAGCACCUCCAGGGCCAAGGAAAGGACAAGGAGCAUGGAGAGCGCUUCCUCCUCGCCAUCCCCACACUCUGCAGAGCCACCAAGCAGAGGGGAAAGGACAACCUAGAGCCAGAGACCUGCAAAAUGGUCCUACUACAAAAGAUCAUGGGCCUGAUGGAAACAGCGACACAGGAUGAAGAGCCAAAUUGGACCCUGUGCAACAGCAUAGCUGCCAUCUGCAGCCUCAGCGAGCUGAAGCCAGCCCUGGAGCCAGCCAUGGAGUCGUGCCUGCUGCAGACCACCUUAAAGAUCUGCCUGACGUCCCCAAGACACAACAGCCUUUACGUCAGGACCAAACAGCAGAAGCACAUGGAGGACCUGGAGGCCUUGCUGAGGAGCCUGUUGGCCACCGCACCCAGCUUGGACAGGCUGCAGUUCCUUUGGGAGCACCUGACAUCCUGGCUGCAGUCUCCUGACACCAUAGACAGGGCGAAGGCCAUGAGAAGCAGCAGCGCCCUUCUCCGUUUUGCUGUUUCCCUCCUCCCGCAGUUUGAGGACUCGCCCGACAUGCCCCAGAUGGGUGACACCACGGCCCAGCUGUGUCUGUCCCUCAGCCACCCAGCAGCAGACAUCAGCUGCCAGGCCAGGGAGGGCAUCUACGUGCUUGCCCAAAUCCUGCUGCACCACAAGGGCCGAGACAUGCAGGAGGCAGAGGGGCUGCUCCAUCUAAGCCAGGAACAGCAGAGCCAGGUCCAGAGCUACAUGGACCUGGCCCAAGUCGGGGAGGUGUUUCGAAAAAUAUUAUCAGAGGGGCAAAGGAGCUGUUUCGUGCAGAGGGCAGUUGCGGGGGUGCUGGACAUCAACAUGUGUGUCAGCCGUGCUGCGCUGAUCCUCCUCUACACCAUCCUGGGGGAAGCCGGCCACCUGAUCGGGGACAAGGAGGAAGAAAUCCCUGCCAGGAUCAUGAGGAAGCUGCUGGUCAUGAAGGGCUUCAAACAGCUGCCCAGAGAGCUGCAGGGCCACAGCCUGCUGGCAAGCUCCUCCAGCACCCCCUCCCCUCUGCAGCAGCCCAAGGUCCCUUCUGCAGCUUCAACCAACAGCGAGGCUGACAGCACCUCCCUGAGCAAAUGCAACAUCCAGAACCUCACAGGCAGCAAGAUGGCCACAGAGGGAACCUCCAGUCUGGAAUCGGCCACCACGCUAGGGUCAUCGACUGAUGUGAACACCCCCUGAAUCAGUCAGAGCUAGCCUUCACCCGGAGAGAUUUCAACAUCAGCCCGGACUUGAGAAGUUCCCAGUGGGUGGAGACUUUCGAUUACUCUUCCACCCACUUUGCCCAUCAAAGUGUUGGGGGCAAGGAACGGGAGUCAUGAAUUUCCGGUCCCUCAGUUGUGGGAACAAGGUAGCUCUUGCAGUGUGUGUGGCAUUUUGCAAUCCCAGGCCUCAGGGCUUUUGCCGGUCGCCAGUUGGGGCCAGGAAGGAAUUCCCCCCCCCCCCUGGUUUCGCUUGAAGAUCAUACUGGCUGUGGGGGGUGGGUUUCGCCUUCCUCUGAGGCAUUGGGGCACAGUGAGAACACAGCCGUGUCAGUUCUCUAAACAGCAGGACUUACUACACCUGGCCAAACAAUUAAUCCUCAUCAGGUGGAGCAGGGAGAGAGAAACAGCAAAUGCUGUGUCCUAUCCAUCACGUUAAAUUAUUGUACAAUAAUAAAGUACAUUUUUCUUUC